GGCCUGAGCCACAAAAUAAACCUACAGGCCCAAGCCAACCGCAAGCCCGCCUUUAAUAUUGAAAAUUUAUGGGCUUUUCUACUCCAAAAAUCCCAUCUAAGGUCAGCACAUUAACCAGGCCCAACUGCAGGCCCACCAGGCAAAGCUACAUCCUAUUCUCAGCCCACUUUAUUGAACAAGUCGCAGCAAGCGGGUUCUGGUAGCCCCUAGUUUUCAUUCAUUCCACUGAGAAAGUUCCGCUGUUUCCCACCGCCGCUUCCCUUUCAACGUCCCUAUAUAUACAGUAGAUGGCCACCCCUCGCCCUAUACUAUUGCGCAGGGGGCACCGACGGACGGCGAUAGAUCAACCGGAGACAUGACGGCCGAGAAGUGGACGGUGAAGAAGCCAAGCCGGAGCGACGAGGUGGUGGAGGCAGAGAAACAGCUCAGAAUCGCCGACCAGGUCCGAACCCACUUCAACUCCGUGGCUCCCAAGCGCCCCGCCAAACCCAACAGAAGCGAGUCCGACCCAUCCAACACUUCUCCGGAUGUGGGCACCUUUGACGGCGACAUCCCUGAGUUCCACAAGUUUCAAUCUCUCCAAUCUCAAUCUCAAUGUCAGGCUGUGAUUUCGGCAGAGGGCGGGGCUACUGUGCAAGAAGAAUUUGUGGAGACCCAGUACUACAAGGAGUUGGAUUCCGUUGACAAGCAGCAUCAUACGACGGGAAGUGGAUUUAUAAAGGUGGUGAAGGAAUCAAGCGAGAAUGGGUAUGAUCUGCACUUGCAAGGAGGCGGCCGCCGGCGAGAAGACGGCGGUAGAGUGGCGGUGGUUCCCUGUUUCAGAAGCAACCCCGCCACGAACGACUGGAUUCCCGCCGUUGAAGAAGGGCUGCAGGAAAAUUUUGCUUCUCAGGUCAUCCAUGUCUCCUCGAAGCCCAAUCGGAGCGAGGGUUCUUAGGGAGACGCAGAGUUUGCACUGCGAAAAAACAAAAUUCUGUUCUUUCUGCAAGAUUGUGUUAUUGUGUUUGCGGAAGUUGAUAAGUUCUAGGGUUUGGUCAAUGAUAUUAUGAUUGUUUAUGUGAUUGUAUAAAGUAAUGAGGCACCGACUUGUGCAUCAUCGUUCGAUCUUA